GAGCUCACAACCUUCUAGGACAAGAGCCAGGAAGAAACCAGAAAGAAAGCACCUCGUGUAAACAUGACUUCCAAGCUGGCUGUUGCUCUCUUGGCAGCUUUCCUGCUUUCUGCAGCUCUGUCUGAAGCUGCAGUUCUGGCAAGAAUGAGUUCAGAACUUCGAUGCCAAUGCAUAAAGACACACUCCACACCUUUCCACCCCAAAUUUAUCAAAGAAUUGAGAGUGAUUGAGAGUGGACCACACUGCGAACAUUCAGAAAUCAUUGUUAAGCUUGUCAAUGGAAAAGAGGUCUGCCUAGACCCCAAGGAAAAGUGGGUGCAGAAGGUUGUGGAGAUAUUUUUGAAGAGAGCUGAGCAGCAAGGCGCAUGAAAAAAGAAAAUAACCAGAACCCCAUUUUCCAUUGCUUCCAAGAAUUCCCUGGUAAAAAUGCCCAUGAAACUUCAAGCAAAUCUACUUCAAUGCCUCAUGUACUGUGUGGAUCUGGUGUAGGGUUGCCAGAUAAAACACAGGAUGCCCAGUUAUAUUUGAAUAUUAAGUAAAACAAUGAAUAUUUUUUCAAUGUCCCAUGUACAUUGUUCCAUGUAGGACACACUUAUAUUUGAGAAAUUAUUCAUUGUAUACCGUAAAUUCAAAUUUAGCUGUAAAUCCUGUUUUUUGUUUUUGUUUUUUGUUAAAUCUUGCAACCCUAGUCUGCUGGCUAGGAUUCAUGAGUCUCUGUUCAACUGUGCCUCAGUUUCUU